AUGGUAUUGCAAUUCUGGUUCAUGUUUUUCUUCAUUUCGAUUUCUGUGGUAUUUUCAACUAGUGAAAAAUGUUUCAACAUUUGCCCAGACAUAAUUCCUUACGAUAUCGUAAGCCCAAUCAGAGAAAUUGCUCUGGAAAAUCUUAUUCGCAGUGGACCUAGCGAUGGAGUUUGUCUUACUCGGGAUAAAUUUAUAUUCAAUGGAACUCAAUUUGGUCUUCCUCCAAAGUGCGUUUGCUUGAAUAUUCCAAAAGGAGAAGAUAUCACACCAGAGAAUGGACCAAUAUGCCCCAAUCUUUUAAAAGGAUCAAUUGAAGAAACAAUUGAUGAGUUGUCAAUAAGGAAUUAUGAACUUCUUGGUGACGACGCACCUGAAGACGGUUGGUGUCCCGAAGGAAAAACCAAAUGGAUUUUAGAAUCAACUCUUGUAAACAUUCCAAGAAAUGCUUGCAUUUGCAUUGAUGCUUUUGAUUGGUAUUCUCCGGAAGUCGUAUGCAUCGAGUCAGAUUAAGCAUUUUUUUUUUAUAUUUUACAAUCAGUUACAAUGCUAGAAAGUGUAAGUUAUCCCAAGAGAAAGUUAUUCUAUUAAAGUUUGAUUAAACCAUC